AUGCAUUGUUUCUUAUUGUUAAUCACGUUCUUGUUAUACUUUUUGGUGGCCGUAAGCAAUGCCACUGAUUUUGAAAAUCCAAGUAAUUAUUCUCAUGUUCUUGAUCAAGGUCGACUCUUGAUAUAUCCUAGUUUAAGCGUCCUACAGUUUUCUAUGGCCACCGCAACAUCAGGAGACUUUUUCGUCCCUAGAAAGAAGUAUGCGGUACGACGUUUGGGUAUCAAUCUUGGGUUCCAGGCUAACUAUAACCUUCCGUAUCGAUUACAAGAUUUCUACAAAUUUCCAACAUGGGCCCGAGCAAUGGUUGAUGUGGUGAAGGGAAGAUACUUACCGACCCAAGUAGUCACAGCAAGAGCUGUUCGGAAGCGAAGCACUGUUCGUCCGCUGAGCGCUGGUGAUAUCUACACAGCAUUAGAAGAUAUUUUGGAGUUUUCAGGAUAUGAUAAGGACUGUCUUCUUAAAAGCGUUUGCGAGCUGUCACACAGCCCAUUUCACGAUUUAGAAGAGGAUUUGUACGCUGAGAUCGUACAUUUUUUCUUAACACCAUCAGAACACCAAGCUUUUGAUGUUUCCGAGCGUAAAAUGAAAAGAAAAUAUGAAUUGGCGGAACGUUUCGGGAAAAUGGGUGCAGACUGCACAAUGAUGUAUCCCGAAUGCAGAAGAAGCUUUUUGAUGGACAUUUCUGAUUUCAUAGAUGAUAAUAAAAUGGAUGCAGCACAGUAUUAUGUACGGAAGAUUGAUCUCUGA